UGCGUGCGUGCGUGCAAAAACCCCAUCGACUAAAACGUGCACCUGAUCGCAUCGCAUAGUAGGAGAGCAGUUCAGAAACAAAACACAAUCCUCUCCGACUUUCCCCUUCCCGGAGAUGCAAAAAGGCCUCGUCGCCCACCCGACAAACCCCGGAUAGCGGUGGAAAGCGAUAGAACCCGCCAGGGCCUCGCACGUCACCGCAUCCCGUUCCCCCCCCGAGUCCGUCGACAGCGACUGCCCGGUCGCCGGAGAAAAUGACGUCGACCGUGGUCACCGUCACCGUCACCACCACCGCCACCUCCCGCCCUCUCCACCUUCGUCCCGCCUCCCUCCGCCCGCCACCCACCUCGGCGCCUCCCGUGGCCCGCCCUGGCGGCGGCCGCCAUCGCCGCGCGGUCCUGCGCUGCGCCUCGGUGUCGGAGGUCGCGCCCGCGGUGUCCGCCGCAUACGGCGCCCUCCUCGUGGGCGGCGGCGCGUUCGCGUAUGCGCGGUCGGGGAGUAAAGGCUCCAUCCUCGGCGGGGUCUCCGGAUCUGCGCUCAUGGGCCUCACAUAUUAUCUGAUGCAGUUUUCUGAGACGAAGGCACUGGGCGAUGCUGUUGGAUUUGGGUCUGCCUUUCUGUUUGCCUCUGUGUUUGGUAUCAGGUUGUACAACACCCGGAAACUGGUACCAUCCGGCCUUCUUUUAGCACUCUCUCUAGGUGCCCUGGGAGUCUUUUACGCUGCUUACUUGCAAGACAAGGUGUGAUGACUUGAUCGCUUCACCAGCUCUAGUUCUUUGUACUACUAGCUGAAUAAUCUUCCUUCAAGGUUCCCUCUCAUAAAUGGAAAAAAAAAUCGGACCGGGCACCGACAGUCGGUGUUCCUCCCAGCGUUGUAGCAGUCUCAACAAACAGCAUUUAGUGCACCUCCGUUUGUUGAUAAUAAUGAUAAGAUGUGGCCAAGCUUUCAUUCCCCUA